UUAGCUGAUAUAUUUUUGGUUGUUGUGUUUUUUACUGUACGUUGCUGUUUAACUGCAGAACAGAGUAUAUUCAGUUGUUUAAAAAUGUUUGGAGCUUUAUGUGUCAAAUAUUUGUGGCAAGAAAUUAUAUUAAAUAACAGGUUUGGGCAUGUCAUGGAAUAUGAUUUGAAUUUGAACAUGAUUCCAUUGAUUUUGGUGAUUUAUUAUUGAGACACACAGAGAUAAAGUUCAGUGCCUGUCUAAUUACUUGUCGUGUCUGUGACGCUUGAGAGGAUUAUCAUGACGGGGAAGACUUGAUAAUGAGGUGUAGAUGGAGAGAGUGAAUCACACACACAGCCAUACUUAUCCAUACUGGUGCUCAGUAGUAGCAGAGGGACUUGGCCCUGGGCACUGAUCAGUCACCAUGCAGGAGUUUGAUAUCAUAGUGUUGGGUACAGGACUGAAGGAAUGUAUUCUCUCUGGCUUGAUGUCAGUGGGUGGGAAGAAGGUCCUUCACAUUGACCGCAACCCUUACUAUGGUGGAGAGAGUGCAUCUAUCUCCUCCCUAGAAGAGCUAUAUAAGAGGUUUCAGGUUCCAUGUCCAGCUAAGCCAAUGGGACGUGGGAGGGACUGGAAUGUGGACCUUGUUCCCAAAUUUCUACUUGCCAGUGGUCAGCUGGUUAAAAUGCUGGUGUACACCAAGGUAACUCGGUAUCUGGACUUUAAGGUGGUGGAGGGCAGCUAUGUGUACAGGGCUGGUAAAGUCCACAAGGUCCCUUCAACUGAGGCAGAAGCCCUAGCUUCAGAUCUGAUGGGGAUGUUUGACAAGCGCAGGUUCAGGAAGCUUCUUCUGUUCCUUCUGAACUUUGAGGAGAGAGACCCGCGGACCUACCAGGACAUGGACCCCAACAGGACCAGCAUGAGGGAGCUGUUCCGCCACUUUGACCUGGGACCAGACAUCAUGGAGUUCACUGGUCACGCCAUGGCCCUGUACCGCAGUGACGAGUCAGUACAAAUAUUACACAGACAGUCAGAAAGACGGACACACGCACACCUAUCUCAAUGGUUGUGUCCCUGUCUUCACAGUUACUUGGACCAGCCGUGCAUCCAGACCAUCAGACGGAUCAAGCUGUAUUCUGAGUCUCUGGCUCGGUAUAACUUCAGUCCGUACCUCUAUCCACUGUAUGGGCUAGGGGAAUUACCUCAGGGCUUUGCCAGGUUAAGUGCAGUGCAUGGAGGGUCCUACAUGUUAAACAGGGGAGUGGAGGAGAUUGUGAUGGACAAGGGCAAAGUGGUAGCAGUGAAAUCUGAGGGAGCGCUGUUCCGCUGUAAACAGCUGAUCUGUGACCCCAGCUACGUGCCCAACCGGGUGAAGAAGGUGGGCCGGGUCAUUCGGGUCAUCUGUUUACUGAAUCAUCCAAUCAAAAACACCCAUGAUGCCAACUCCUGUCAAAUCAUUAUCCCUCAAACACAAGUCCACAGGAAAUCAGAUAUCUAUGUAUGUAUGGUGUCCUACGCUCACAAUGUGGCAUCAGAGGGGAUGUAUAUCGCAAUGGUGAGCACCACUGUAGAGACCAGUAACCCAGAGAAGGAAGUGCAGCCUGGGUUAGAACUACUAGAGCCCAUUCAGCAGAAAUUUGUUUCUAUCAGCAACAUGAUGGUCCCCAUUGACGAUGGAAGGAACAGUCAAAUCUUUGUGUCUCGCUCCUAUGAUGCCACGACACACUUUGAGAUGGAGUGUGAGGACAUCAAGGAUAUGUAUCGCCGCAUCACAGGAUCAGAAUUCAUCUUUGGUGACUUACGCAAAGACUGUGGUGGUGAUGAUGAUGACGACGAGGACUAAGGGACACUAAGUGGAGUUGCUACCAUUUUUGUCUUGAGUGGCUCAGUUGACAGAGCAUAGUCCUUGCAACACCAGGAUCCUGGGUUCAACUCCCUCUAGGGCGGGCCACCCAUCCAAAAAUGUAUGCACACUCAUGUAUAACAACGUCAGCAAAUAUGACAUUACUAUUAUAUUGCGGCUGUCUAAAAUGUCCUGGUUUUUACUGUUUUUUGAAGCAACCCUUCGAUUCACCUCUUGUAUCUCCCAAAAUGCCCAGCUUCACAGCUAAUCUAUCAGUCCUAUUUAUCAUGUGCUUUAUGUGGUAGAUGCUCUCGUACUCUGAUGGCAUUGAGACUGGAGAGUGGUAAAGCUAAAUAACUCAGUCGAUUUAAUACCCUGUCUAAUAAACACCACACUUUAUUAGACUGUGGUAAAUGUCAAA